AUGAAGCUCUCAUACACAACAAUCAAUCGAAAUGUUGAGCAGACUGACACGAACUCACCUAUUCAGCUGUUAGAGGAGCUCGCAGAUGAAGACGAGUCGACGAGAGGCGGAGACGACGGAAGUGGAGAAGGAAGGACGACGAUUGACGAUCGAAUUAGGGAUUUUAGGGCUCGUAAAAGGGUCCGUCGAGAAACAUGGGCGGUGAGAUUGAGAUCGGAGACCUUUUUGACCACCGGAUAG